AUGUUCAGUAUUGGGGCAAGUCCUUGCUUCUUUCUCCGUUUACAUGCGAACGACCAAGGUCAGUGCCUCCAGGAUAUCCGUUGUCUGUUCUUGAGCCUUCUCGUUCGCUGCACCCGCCCUCCGCCCGCCGCGGCCAUGUCUUUUGAGGGCCUCUCGAAACCUCCGAGCAGCGCCUUCGGUGUGUUGCAGCCGCUGAACCAUAUUUACCUUCAUUUCGGCUUCGCGCUCUCCCUCUACCGUGUCUCCGCUCCCCCUGAGUUUCUCUGCCUUCGGCGGAAGCCUCUGCUGGCGUGCCUCCUUGCCGCGCAGCUGACCGGGUCGGGACUCGCCUCGCUGCCCCCCCGUCUGCCUGAGGCGCGCUCGACGAAUCUGUUUUCUCCAGGGGCUGCUGUCCAUCCCGCCUUCUCGUCGCACGGGACUCGCCGCAGGGGCCGCGGGGCGCGAAGGCCCGCUGGGGGCCGCGGCGCCUCGCCGCCAGCGCUCUUUCCCCCCGGGUGCCUUGACGACCCGUGGGCAAGGCUGAACUCCAGCUUGCAGCAGACGCACCCCGCUCUUGAACUCCCGUUCAGGAAGUGGUCCGACACCUUGAGGCCGCAGGACUCUGCAGCGGAGAGAGAAGCGCUCGGCGUGGUGCCCGAGCGUGAGAACGGGGACGAACCAAAUGAACGGGAUGCUGCGGCUGCGUGCGGAGGCAAGAAGUUCCUAAAGGACGACGAGGAAGGAAACGGAGAGGAGAGAAAAGCGACAGGGCGAGAUGCGGGUUCCGCCCAGCAGGCCGGCCGCCGGGCGCCCAUGAGACCUCCUCCAGUCAUAUCUGAGCACCGCCUAGGCUGUGACGAGGAACCUCCACGCGCGGAGAAAGAAGACCGAGAAUCAAUAGGCGGAGAUACGUGCGCAGGACGAAUCCAAGAUGACGCUGCUUCUUCGGGUGACGACUCUUCCUAUCCGCCGCAGGGGCCCGGCAGCGGGACGCUCAGGGCUUCUGAGCCGCCUCGAGAGGCACACUCGCCGGCGUGCCGCUCGCCGGAAAAGAAGAGAUUUUGUCUCUCGUUUCUGCCACCGCCCAAGAGCGGUGUAGCUUCUUCUUUUUUGUCGUCUCUUCCUUCUCCGAAAGAUGCUUCGUCUUCUUUUCUUUCCUCGCUAUCUCGGCCUCGAGAUGCUGAUGUGUCCUCGCCUCUCGGCUCUUCGCUUCCUUCUCAGGGGGCACCUGUAUCCUAUGCGUCCUGCCUUUCGUCUCUCCCUCCCGCCAGGGGUGCCUGUGUGACUGCCUCUUCGUUGCUGUCUUCUCUCCCUUCGCCUAAAUCCAGUUCGUCUGCUUCUGUGGGGUCUCCUGCUUCUCCGCGGCGCGGUCGCGGCUCUUCUGCACACGGCGCUGAGGAAGCCGCCAACGACCGCGACGAGGGGGUGCCUGUACAAGGCAUCGCGACGGCUGAGAUCGAACGGGAGUCCACGAGCGAGCUGCCGUCUGCAGGGCGCGGGGUGGGGACCGCGACAGCUGCUUCGGUUAUUUUUGCGGCCUCUUCCGUGUCUUGUUGCCUUUCUUCUGGCGCAGGCGUGGCGGAGGAGUCCCAGCAGUUGGACGUUGCCGAGGUGUCGGUCCCCGAAUUGAAGCCGGCGGCCCCUGCCCCGUGUGCCUUAGCACCUAGCGGCGACAUGGCGGAGAGAGCGGGCGAGCCUGUGGAAAGGCCAGGGGACUCUACGAAGCCGGCAGCGGAAGGCAAGAGUGCGUUUCUCUGUUUAGAUGCGGAAAAAAUUCGGGAAAAGCUGCGCGAGAGGACAAAUCCAGGGAGGUGUAAGGGGCGAGGGACAACGCAGUGA